UGUUUAGUGCUGUCUUACUAAUUACACAGCAUUCUUCUUAUUUCAACUAAUUUUAAAUUAAUUGCGUAUAUUAUAUUGUUAUGAACGAUUGGAAAUCCUUUGAACAAGUUUUAAUAAGCUUUACGCAACCUGACCAUAAUUCUAGAAUCACAGCGGAAAAAGUUAUUAACGACUGCUCAAAUGAUCCCAAUCGUUUUCUUGUCCUUCUUAUUCAAGUUUUAUCUCUUUCCAAGAGGGCAGAGAUAAGACAGUGCGCAGCAGUAUUAUUUUAUAAAAUGAGUUUCCAUAGUACAAAAAAGGAGACAUGUAUAUGGCUUCGCGCUUCUCAGGAAAUUCGAAGUGGCUGUAAAGUUGAACUGUUAAAAUCCUUAAGAAUUGAGGAGGUUGAACAAGUGAGCAAAACUAUAUGCGAGUGUAUAUGUGAGAUUGUGGGCUUAUAUUUAAAUAAAAAGAGCGAGCUUGAAGGCUGGCCAGAACUUUAUAAGGAACUUUUUGAGCUCACUCAGUCUUCCCACGCCCCGCACCGCCAAAGCGCCUUCUAUAUUUUUUCUUCUGUGCCUGCUCUCUUUGGCGAGGAAGUUUCUGCCCAUACUAAUCGCAUUCAAGAGAUACUUCAGGCAGCCGUUUCUCCUACUGAGCCCGACAUGAAGGUCAGGGUCUUUGCAACACGUGCCGUAUGCGCCUUUGUGCUGGCUUAUCCAAAGUCAUCUUCGCGUGGUCUCUUCGUCAAUUUAACGCAGCAGAUGUUGGAGCUAAUCGUCGGGAUCUACGCGAACCAGGCUGCCAGCACUUCCAGCGGCAGCGUUAUUAUCAGCGCCCAUGCGGCCAUGCAGGCACUGGUCAACAUUGCUACGCAAGUCCCCGUUUUUUUUAGACCAAACUUGAGGAUGGCCUUCUCGUAUAUGCUUGCAAUGGCCAACAAUGGCGACUUGGACACCCACGAGCGCGGUUUAGCCGUCGAGCUCCUCGUGUCCUUAGCAGAGAAUCGUCCUGGAAUGAUUCGCAAACUUGCCAACCAGAGCAAUGAAUGCGCUCUGCUAAUCCAGACGGCGUUCCGCUUGAUAGUCAGCAUCGAAGAAGAGGCAGAAGCGUGGCUUAGCAACGAAGAUCCCGCCGACCUCGAAGAGGAAGAAUUAGCAGAUUUGGGUGAGCAGGCUCUGGACCGUCUCUCCCGAUCUUUGGGUGGGCGCGUGGUCCUCCCAUACGCGUUCGAGCACAUCAACAACCUUGUGAAGAACCCCGAUUGGCGCUGCAGACACGCUGCUUUAAAGGGGGUAUCCGCCGUGGCGGAGGGUGGUCAGAAGCAACUCCUUCCAUUGCUCUCCGGUGUAAUUGAAACGGUCUUGCAGUUUCUAUCUGACCCUCAUCCCCGCGUGCGCUAUGCGGCCUGCCACGCCCUCGGUCAGCUUGCCACCGACAUGCAUCCCAAGUUCCAAAGAGACUUCCACUCCUCUGUGCUUCCUGGAUUACUGCAGUGCAUGGAGGACUCCAGCCACCGCGUGCAGGCACAUGCCGCUGCGGCCCUUGUUAAUUUCUGCGAGCAUGCCACCUCCGAGAUACUGGCACCGUAUUUGGUUAAUCUUGCCUACCGCCUUUACGGCCUCCUCAACAGCCGUCAGCGUAUGGUCGUAGAGCAAGCCGUCGUGUCCAUUGCCACUGUGGCCGACUCGGUGGGGUCAUCUUUUUCUCAGUUUUACGGGGAAUUUAUGCCGGUUCUGAAGAACAUAUUCAUAACGUGCACCGACAAGGAAAGUCGCACACUUCGUGGGAAAACCCUCGAGUGCAUGACUUUUAUCGGCUUGGCUGUCCAUGAAGAUAAUUUUAAGGAUGAUGCCGUGUGGAUCAUGGAAACCCUCCAUACCGAGUCACUACAGAGCGGCCCCCCUGCUGCUGACGACCCCAUGGUCCCCUUUCUUCUCUCAGCACACGGUCGCAUCUGCAAGACUCUGGGGAAAAACUUUGUUCAGUACCUUCCUUCUGUUCUUCCUCCUCUGCUUGAAUCCGCUAAGCUGAAGCCUGACCUUUCCAUCACGUCCAUCGACGCGGAGGAUGCUGCACAGGAUUCCCAAGACAAGAGUUGGGACUAUUUGUACAUGCAGAACUAUAAAAUAGGCAUCAAGUCGUCUACCCUCGAAGACAAGUGCACGGCUUGUGAGAUGCUUGUUCUCUACGUGGAGACGCUGAAAGAAGGCUUUGGACCAUAUCUUAACGAAGUCGCGGAGAUAAUGAUUCCCUUACUAGAGUUUUACUAUCAUGACGGUGUUCGAGUAGCUGCAGCGCAGUGCACGCCUCACUUGCUCGCAGCCGCCAUUUCUUCGAAGUGCCCCUCCGACUAUAUUCUCAGCCUUUGGGGCUCAAUUUUAAGCGAGUUUAUUAAAGUUUUAAAGGCCGAAGACGACGCCGAAAUGCUCGUCGAGCUUCUCUCUUAUCUCAAAGAUUGUGUUGAGGUUAUGGUGAGCGUCAUGCAUGGCAACUGCGUCAGUGCCCAGCAUCUGGCAGAUAUUGGGCACGUGCUGGUCAACCAGUUUAAAAACUACCGCAUCCGUGUUGAGAACAGGCUUCGUGAGCGUAAGGACGUGGAUUACGACGAAGGCGUAGAAGAAGAGCUCGGCGCUCACGACGUUACCGAUGAGCUAUUCAUCUCCAGCACAACCUCCCUUCUGCAGACUCUCUUCUCUGCUUUAGGGCUUAAGGCCGUGCCGUUGUUCGAGCAGCUAACUCCCGUUCUCGAUGCCAUGCUGGCCACCAGCCCCCCGCUUGACACCGACCUCACUUUCGUGUUUUGCAUACUCGCCGACCUUGUGCGUUACUGUGGUAAUGGUUUAUUUCACUACGUCGAACGCUUCAAACUUCGCGAGAUGCUCGUCCAUUAUGCCCUCGUGGGCAGCUAUAAUGUGCGAGGCACCGCCUGUUUUGCUAUGGGCGUCUUAGCGUUAUAUGGCGGCCCACAGCAUGCCAGCGUUUAUGCCCAGUUUGUUCCGCCACUGCUGGAAACGAUUAAUGAAAAAUCUUCAAUUCCAGCGGACGACGAAAGAGCGGAGGAAUUCACAUUUGUGUAUGAAAAUGCAGUUUCGGCGAUUGGCAAAAUAUGCAGCGUGUCACCUCCUGAAACUCCUGGCAUAAACGGCCUUUUACGAAGCUGGCUCAAUUUUCUGCCCAUCAUCGAUGACGAAGAGGAAUGUCAGUUUGUUUACGACUAUUUGUGUUCGUUAAUAGAAAGAGGGAAUCCUGUAAUUUUGGGCGAAAACAAUGCAAACGUUCCUUUUAUCUCAGACCUACUUAAUACAGUAGUGCAGAAGAAUCUAGUUGGCUCUGCAUCUAAUUUAGACACCCGUUGCAGAAAUAUUCUUGUCUACUUUGGCAUCCCUAGCAAAUAAUACAUGACAACAGCCACGUGGUUCAACCUUUGGUCACACAAGCACUUAAGGGGACUUAAUUUUAUUGUAAACUUUAGCUUCAUUAUUAUGAAAAUACUACGCCGCGCUAAAUUGU